AUGCUUGCACAACCAAGGAGUGAGGAGUUUGACACUGAAUCUUCUCUAUCACAGAAUCAACAACAGGAUCAACUCGUUUUUAUUGACGAGGAAGAAGAACAAGAUGAAAAUCAAGCAACAAUACAAAUAACAGGAAAUAAUUUAAUAUCUUCAGCAGCAUCCGACCAAUCCGAAACUCUAUCUAGCAUCAUUCUUCCGAUGCAGUCCUAUUGUUGGCAUUUGGAAAUUAUGGAUAAAUCACAACAUUUAUUUCCGUCCCUGCAGAAAACAACAAUUCCUCUCCGAGCACAAACCUAUUCAAUUGGAGAAAUGUUUCACUUCCUUCCGGGUGCUUUGAGAUUCCUGACCAUGUCCUAUGUUCCAGAGAAGCUUAUUAAGAAGAGGGAAACACCGUUUGAUUUUAUUAUGAGAAGAGCAGUUGUUGAUCCAAGAAGAAAGGGACCACCAAUUGGUGGAAUUGGAGCAGGAAUGUUUACUUUGGGAAUGAAUGGAUGGUUUACGAGGAGCCAUUUGAUUUUUAAUCAGACAGGUGGAAUUUAUUCGGAUACAGUCUUGCCAGUCAAUCAGUUCAGUUUGAGAGUGGAAAGAAAUGGUGAGAUUGAGUCGUUUGUGUUGAAUCCAAUAUGUGAAUUUAAAGAUGGAACUAUGGAUAAGGAUUUAAUUAAAAAGUUGAAACAUAAUUGGAUGUUUAUUAAUGAUGAAAGAAGAAGAAAAAACAAGAUGCAAUUUUCACAACAGGUGUAUUCUCUAUUUCCAAAGUCGUGGACUGUCUAUCAGACAAGCGAUGAAAAAUUCACAGUAAUAUGCGAAAGAUAUUCACCUGUGUGGGCUCACAAUUAUCAAGAAUCAAGUUUUCCAACAUGUAAUUUUGAAUGGACUAUUAUCAAUAACACAGACGAGGAAGCAAAUGUUUCAUUAUUAUUUACAAUUCAAAGUGAAGAAAAGUUUAGAAAAAAGAAUGAACAAUCAAUAAUAGCUAGAAACGAAACUGACUCGGUAAAGUGUUUGACAAUAGAAACUACAGUAACAGAUUCGUUUUCACAUAAGGAUACAAUACAGUUUUGUAUUGGAGCCAACACAUCUUUGGGAUCAAUAACAUUUUUGGAUGAAUUUAAUGGAACGAAUGAAUCCCAUUUACAUGAUUUGUGGCAAGAAUUUAACAAUAAUGGAGAAUUUUCAACAGAGUUUUGUGAAAAUUUUGCUAAAAGGCACGAUUGGACUAAGAGCCAAUCAAAACAUUUGUCUUGUCACGCAAUUUGUAGCAAAGUACAAAUUCCUUCGAAUAGUUCCAAACAAGUUUGUUUCAAUUUGAAUUGGAAUGCGCCAUUUGUUAGGUUUGGUCCAACAAUGGAAUUCAGAUAUCUUAGACAUUAUACCCAGUUCUGUACUGAUGCCAUUUCUUCCAUCACACAACACAAGGAUACUGCAUGCUUUGAAAUGUGCAAGAGAAGUUUGGAUUCAUCUAAACAAUGGAAAGAUGAAAUCUCACAAUGGCACCAAGGUGUAAUUGACCAAGUCGGGAAGGACCAUCCAACAGCUGUUGCGGCUCUAUUCAAUGAGUUAUACUAUAUUGUUGAUGGAGGAACCUUAUGGACCAAUGGUGGAGAACUGGAUGAAAAUGGUAAUAGUCAAGACUCAAAGGACUACUUUUUCUAUUUGGAAGGACAUGAAUAUUUAAUGUGUAACACAUAUGAUGUACAUUUCUAUGCCUCUCAUGCCAUGAUUAUGAAUUGGCCAGAAAUACAGCUUUCUAUUCAACGAGAUAUCAUUAGAGCUGUCAGAGAGGAAAACAAUCAAGAGGUUACCUUUUAUCUAUCAAACAUGAAAAAUAGGAGAAAGGUCAAGGGAAGUGUUCCACAUGAUGUCGGUACUCCAUACGAAAGACCAUGGAAACUAGUUAAUGCCUAUAACUUCCAAGAUGUCAACAAAUGGAAAGAUCUUAAUAGUCAAUUUAUUUUAACUAUUUUCAGAGAUUUUAUGAUUACAAAGAAUAGAGAAUUUCUGGAAGAAGCAUUCCCCUCUAUAAUUCUUGCUCUCAACUACAGCUUGACCAAUUUCGAUAAGGAUGGUGAUGGAUUGAUUGAAAAUGAAUCAUUCCCAGAUACGACAUACGACGCCUGGAAAGUAACAGGUGUUUCUGCAUACUCUGGGAUGUUAUGGAUUGCAUCUUUGAAAGCUAUUUUAGAAAUGGCCAAAGAACUGGACGAUGAAAAUACCAGACAAAAGGUAGAACCAUUGAUAGAAAGUGGCCUGAAAACAUUCGAGAGUAAAUUAUGGGAUGAAACUAAUCAAUACUAUCACUAUGAUGCAAGUACUGAGCCACAACAUGACUCUAUCAUGUCAGACCAUUUACACGGCACAUUCAUGUUAUUGCUUAUUGGAAAUUAUGUGAAAAAUAGUGGAAGAUGUGAGGAUUCACACUACUUGAUUCCAUUCAACAUGGAAAGGGUUUCCAAAUCACUUAACAAAAUACUGGAGAAUAACUUUGUAAAAUAUCAACAGAUUACAAAACUUGGAGGAUGUGUUAAUGGUAUGAGACCAACACAAGAGGUUGAUAAGACAAGCUUGCAGUCUAGAGAGAUGUGGACAGGAACAUCGUAUGUCGUAGCUGCUUUAACAAUCUUGCUUGGCAGACGAGAAGAAGGAAUAGAUUUGAUGAAGAGUGUUUUUGAUAAAUGUUGGUCCUCCAAUUCGGCAUUCUGGUUCCAAACUCCUGAGGCAGUAACAGAAACGGGAGAAUAUAGAGCCCUUGGAUAUUGUAGACCUCUCUCAAUUUGGUCUUGCCUUUCAGCAAUGAUGAAUAAGAAGAUUUAA